UACAGUUCUGAUGAUCGUUUAAUAAUCUCUCGUCUUUUGUUGUUGUUGUUGCGACAGGUGCAAAGACUGGACGAAGUGAUGAACAAGCCGGUGCCGAUCCACGGCCGCGGGAAUUUCCCGACGCUGGAGGUGCGACUCAAGGACUUUGUGUCGGUGGUGCGAUCCAAGUUGGAGGAGAACGGCGUCCGCGUGCGGGACAUUCGGCUGAAUGGCGGCGCCGCGAGCUACGUGCUGUUGUCGCCGGAAGACGACGCCUUUUCUGACGUCGUCGGCGGUGGUGGAGGUGGUGGCGGCGGCGGAGGAGGGGUUGGAGGUGGUGGUGGUGGUUCCGGCGGUGGAGGAGGAAGUACGGCGUCUGGAGGCAGCGGCGGCGGCGGCAGUACCGCCAGUUACCUCUCGCACGACAGCGGCUUCAGCAACGACGACCACCUCAGCACCGCCAACUCUGAAGGUUCGUCGUCGGGACGGGAAGGGACGAGGAGCCCAUUCAGCUCGUCGAUGUCGACAUCAUCGACGUCUUCGUCAUCCUCGCAUCCGUACAAUGACCUGGACCUGAUCUUUGCUGUCGACCUGUCGCACCAGCGCAACUUUGACAAGGUCAAAACCGCCACGCUCGAGUCUCUGCUUGACUUCUUCCCCGAAGCCGAGCGCCGUGACCGGAAUCGUCUCUCUGUGUGCUCUAUUAAAGAAGGGUGGUCGCUGAUCUCGUUGUCCCGUGUCCGCGGCCGCAACGUGGAGCUCAAGUUCGUCGACAGCAUGAAGCGGCAGUUCCAGUUCUCCGUGGACUCGUUUCAGAUCCUGCUCGACUCCCUGCUGCUCUUCUACGAGCACGCCGCGUCCGUGGUGCCCAUGGCGACCAACUUCUACCCCACCGUCGUCGGCGAGUCCAUGUACGGCGACUUUGCCGAGAGCCUGGCCCACUUGCACGGCAAGCUCAUUGCGACCCAGUGCCCCGAGGAGAUCCGCGGCGGCGGGUUGCUCAAGUACUGCAACCUCCUGGUGCGCGGGUACCGGGCAGCGGAGCCCGGACGCAUCAAGACGCUGGAGCGGUACAUGUGUUCCAGGUUCUUUAUCGACUUCCCGGACCUGGGCCAGCAGCGGCUCAAGCUCGAGUGCUACCUCUGGGACCACUUUGCGGAAGAGGACGACGAGCUCUUGCCGUCUCUUAGAUACCAGUACCUCAUGACUCUGCACCGAGUGGUGGACGAAUCCACGGUGUGCUUGAUGAGCCACGAGCGCAAGUCCACGCUGAACCUCAUUGAAGAACUGGCGUGCCAGUACAGACCACACGACCAGUUCCACCACUACUACAAGCCCUACGACCCCUACUACUACCCGCACCACCACCACCACCACCAGCCCGGCUACUAUUACCCCUCAGGCUUCUUCAUCUUCCCAAACUCGUGGAUGCCAUGCGCCUAAAGCAGCAACAACAACAACGACGACGACGACGACAACAGCGACGAUCUUCGUGGUGGAAUUGUUUUCUUCUUUCUUUUCUUUUUUGUUUGUGCUCGGAGGGAAGGAAAGAAGAAAAACGUGUCGAGGGUAUGACGAUUACCGGCAUCAGUGUUGUCAGUGUGUUUGUGUGUCUGUUGUUUUAUCCCCCGUCUUUUUCCAACAAAAGACGCGGGGGUCGAGCCGAGGCUUGAAAAGCAGAUCUUGAGGUGGGGUUUUCCCUUUUCGUCUUCUUCUUCUUCUUUUGUCGAAAAGGGGGAAAUGGAACCGUCGUAUUUUUCUAGGUGUUGAGGCAGUCACAGAAUGAAUACUGUUGAGAGAAUUGUUCUUAUAUUCCUCGCCCCGCAUCAUCCAUCCAUCUGUUAUCGUUUCUUCUUCUCCCCCACUCCAUGGGAUGUCAUUCCAGGUUCAAUUGUGUUUCAGUGGGAGGCACAAAAAAAAGAAAGAAGGUGCAACGAAGAAAAGCUUGGUUUCAUAGCUGUGACUGCCCCCCCCCCCCCCCCCCCCAGCUGUGGCUGCCCCCC